AUGUGGUCGUUAUUACUUCUUCACCCUUUUUGGAACUUGGUGCUUUCUUGCAUCCUUCUCAUAUCAGCCUUUCCUGGCGCGGAUGCCUCUGAUAUAUCAAUAGCAGUAUCAAACAUGACUCUUACAGCAACCAAGUUCACGCCCGAGGUACUGCUGACAGCGCCACGCCGUUCACCAGCUAUUCCCAACGCCAAGGGCACCAAGGCGCUCUUUACAGUGACCACGUACUCGUUCGAAACACACAGGAAGACUUCCCAGAUCAGACUUCUGGAUAUUGAAUCUGGCCAGUCAACACUCCUUGUCGAUGACUUAAGCGCCAGCGAACCGACAUGGAUUGGCGACGACGAGUUCCUCUAUCUCAAGAGUGGUGAGAAGGGCAACACCACCGUCUUGGUGGACAAGAUCGCGCGCCCAGGAUCUCAAGCAUACGAGGUCACCACGAUCAAGGCCCGGAUCUCGAACAUCAAGAUCAAAGAGCUCACAAACGGCACCGUCGCUUUUGUGUGCUCCGCUUCCGCUACCCCUGAUGGACAGCUCUCCAAUCCCGCCACGGCGAAGAAGCCAUAUUCAAGCGCCAAGGUCUAUACUAGUCUUUUUGUCCGCCAUUGGGACGAGUGGCUAGGAGAGGACAAGAACUCGCUUUGGUAUACUGCGUUGGAGAAGAAGAACGGUCGCUUUACGCUGACGGGCCACGGUCUUGUCAACGCCCUGGCAGGGUCGAAGCUUGAAUCGCCAGUACCGCCCUUUGGAGGCACUGGUGACUUUGAUAUCAGCCCCACGGGAUUGAUAUUUGUUGCGAAGGACCCCGAGCUCAACCCUGCCCUCUACACCAAGACCGACCUGUACUAUGUUCCCCUCAAGACCUUCACCGAGGAGCAGCCACCUUCGCCCCAGAUUGUCGAGACACCUGGCCUGGAAGGCUACACCAACAGUCCGGUCUUUUCACACUGCGGUCGCAAGGUGGCGUUCACCCGGAUGCGCAGCAAGCAAUAUGAAUCCGACAAGCCCCGUCUGAUGCUUUUACCUGAUAUUGGCGAUCUGAGCAAAACUGAAGAAUUCUUCGCAACGGAUGACGGCGAAGGAGCGUGGGACUAUCGCCCCGAAACUAUUCUCUGGAGCGCGGAUGACAAGUCGCUCUAUGUGACAGCCGAGAAGAACGCCCGUGUCCACCUAUGGGAGGUCCCUUCCAACCCAGCUGAUGCCAAGGACACUCCCUCGGUAAUCAAGACCACAGACGGCAGCGUUAACGAUAUUAGACUCCUCGGCGAGGCCGACUCUUCGUCAAAGCUCCUGGUGUCUAGUACCUCUCUCGUUGAUAAUAGCUGCUACAGUAUCGUCGACCCAUCCGCCAACACCACCGAUAUCGUUUCGUCGAACUCUAAGCAAGGGAAGACGUUCGGUCUGUCCAGGUCGAGCAUUGGCGACAUCACAUUCAAGGGGGCUGGUGAUUACGACGUUCAUGCGCUCGUGGUCCGCCCCUCGAAUUUCGAUGAAGAGAAGAAGUACCCCCUUUGUUUCCUGAUUCACGGCGGCCCCCAGGGUGCCUGGCAAGACGGAUGGAGCAACCGCUGGAACCCGGCCGUCUUUGCGGAGCAAGGCUACGUCGUCGUGAGCCCGAAUCCGACAGGAAGUACGGGUUAUGGCAUGGCUCUCCAAAACGGAAUCAAGGGCCAGUGGGGUGGCAGGCCGUAUGAGGAUCUGGUCAAAGCGUUUGAGCACAUUGAGGAGAAGAUGCCGUACGUAGAUACGGACAGGGCGGUCGCAUUGGGUGCUAGUUAUGGUGGCUAUAUGAUCAAUUGGAUCCAAGGCCACCCUCUCGGACGCAAGUUCAAGGCACUCGUCUGUCACGACGGUGUCUUCAGCACCCUGAAUCAGUGGGGCACCGAGGAGCUUUUCUUCCCCAUCCACGACUUCGAGGGGACCAUUUACGAUAACCGCGCCGGAUACGAGAAGUGGGAUCCCGCUCAGCAUGUGAACGAGUGGGCCACACCGCAAUUGCUCAUCCACAGCGAACUCGAUUAUCGCCUCCCCAUAACCGAAGGCCUCGCGCCCUUCAACAUUCUCCAGUCCAAGGGAAUUCCUAGCAAAUUAGUCAUGUUUCCCGAUGAGAACCACUGGGUUCUGAAGCCAGAGAAUAGUCUUGUCUGGCAUGAGCAAGUCCUGGCAUGGAUUAACAAGUACUCGGGCGUGGAGAAGGAGACGCAGGAAGUAAAGGAGAUAGCCGUUGUGGAGGAUAAGAGGCAGAAGCCAAUGUAG